AUGGAAGCCGGAAAAAAAUUCGAAGCAGUUCAUCCUCUAAAUCCUGCUGUUAUUGGAGUUUGUACAGUAAUUAGUGCCGAUGAAGAUGUUGUAAACUUUCGAUUUGAUGGCUCUGACGAGAUUUUUACAGUUAUGGUAGAUUCUACUGAAAUCUUUCCGGCUGGCUAUUGCAAAGCUACUGAUCAUCCAUUGACAUUUCCGAAGACGAAAAAAUUAAAUUCAAUAACUGAUAGAAGAUGGUCAACCAAUAGCAUACAACAGAACAGCACGAAGCUAGAAAUACGUGAUAAAAAAUUAGCACAAAAUCAUAAAGUUAAUUCGGCAGAUAUGAAAUCACUUUCUACAGGUCCAAAACCUAAAGCACUAUCUGGUCGUGGCUCUAACGGUAUUGCAGAAUUGCACUCCUAUCCAUCAACGGUGAUCACAAAAAAUUGUGCUAAGAGCAAUCCCGAAGGCGUCCCACGAUCUGCGAAUUAUCCUAUUACAAGCUAUAGUAAAUCAGAAAUGUCGCCAACUAACGUUAAUGGCGGUACUAUAACAAAUUUACCUCGAAUGGAAGAGGUACUGAACUGGGGUGUUACUGAUCUUAUGAAAUAUAUUAUUGCGAUUGGUUGCGGAGAAGAAGCAACUAUCUUUGCAAGAGAGUUAAUUGAUGGGGAAUCCUUUUUGUUAAUGACACAGCAAGAUAUGACUGAGCAUCUACAAUUUAAACUUGGACCAGCAUUGAAACUAUUUUAUCAUAUCAGUUCUAUAAAAUCCAACUAA